AUGGCCGAGACCGAACUGAUGCUGCGCCAGAAGCUGACCGAGAGCUCGUCGUGGAACCAGAUGGCGCCGCCGCCUGUUCCCGUCCCUGCGCCUGUCCCUGUUCCGGUUGCCGCUGAGGUCCCAGUGCCCGCGCCUGUGCCGCCUGUCUACGACCCUGCCCCCGUCCCUGCUGAGGCCCCGACACUCGUCGAGGGGGAGGAGGGGGGAGGUGAUGAGGCGGCGGCGGCGGGGGCAGCGGCGGGGGCAAAGAAGACGCCUGCGAAGAGUAGGGCUAGGGCUGGUACGGGGGCGGGCAGGAGUACGAGGAGGAGGAAGACGAGUAGUACGCCGAUUAAGGAUGAGAGCGACAACCCCUCCUCCGAAGAAUUCACCAUGGAAGGCAUCAAGACCAAAUCCGGCCGCAAGGUCCACCGCCCCGCGCACUUCAACCCGGCCCAAAAACAACCCUCCCGCCGGCGGGGUCCCUACCGCCGCAUCCACGACUCGCGCAUCUGCAAGAUCUGCCAGCGCGGCCACAGCCCGCAGAGCAACAUGAUCGUCUUCUGCGACGGCUGCAACACGCCCUUCCACCAGCUGUGCCACGACCCGCCCAUCGACGACCUCGUGAUCGCCGUCGCGGAGGCCGAGUGGUUCUGCAGCGCUUGUGCCAAGAAACGGGAGGAGAAGCCUUUGGCCACGGGGCUGAGCGGCCAGGGGCUCACCGAGGAUGAGAAGAGGACGUAUUUGGCGAGUUUGCCGCUGGGGAGCCUGGUGGAGCUGGUGUUCUUUGCGGAGAGGGCGCAUCCGGAGUUGCCGCUGUAUGAUCCGCAGACGAGGAGGAUUGUCGAGGCGAUUAAGAGCGCGAGUGUGGCGGCGGUGGCGAAGGAGGAUGGGGGUGUGGAGGUGGGGGGAGGGGGCGGGGAGGCGGUGGUGGGUGGGGAGGCUGAGGGGGGGGGAGUGCCGAAUUGGGAGGAUAUGAUUGUGAGGGCGAUUCUGGCGAUCGCUGAUGAGAAGGGCAGUCAGGCGAAAGCUAUCUUUGAGUGGCUCGGGAACAACUACCCCGCCAUCGAAGGCCGCGACAUCCGCUCCGAGGCACAAGGCUCUCUCCAAUCCGCACUGCGCAAGAACCGCCUCCUCCGCGAGGGCCACAGCUACAAAGUCAACCCCGCCUUCGUCUCCAAGCCCACACACACCAUGCUCGACAGCAUCCCAAUCAUUGCGCCCGGCUCGGGCAUCAAGCUGCCGCCCGAGACGGAGGACCUGCUGGUCGAUGAUGAUCUCGUCGCGUUCAGCCAUAAGUGGCGGCUGGGCGUGGCGCCGGAGGAUCAGGAUGCCGAGGGCGAGCUGGAUGCGGAGGGGGUGGAAGAUGCGGAGGGGGUGGAGGACGCGGAGGGGGUGGAAGAUGCGGAGGGGGUGGAGGAUGUCGUUAUGUAG